GGUUGCCAAUCAAGGAAAGAAAAAAAGUUGUAAAAAUUGUUGGAGCUCGAAUUCACUUUUAAAUAUUACAAAAAAUCAAGUGCAAAUAUCAGAUCUUUACUGAAUCAUACAUUUUUACAACUACAAGAUGGAGAUCACAGCUGAACUGUUGGAAAAGAAGCUGUGUGGUGAAUUGCAGGCUUCUCAUGUGGAAAUAAUAGAUGAAACUGCUGGAGGUUGUGGCCUGAAGUUCACUGCUGUCAUCGUCUCUGAAAAAUUUGAAGGAAAGCCUCUGCUGCAGAGACACAGAUUGGUGAAUUCAUGUUUAGCAGAGGAACUGAAGAUCAUCCAUGCCUUCUCCAUGAAAACACUCACACCAGCAGACUGGACCAAGAGGCAGCAGCAGGAAGCCAGCUGAGGAUACUCCUCCAGGAGUGCUCUAAGGUACACAUCUGUUUCCAUCCUGGAUCUUGAAUGCUUUGAGGACUCUGGUGAAAAAUAACCUUGGAAAAAGUCAUUCAGCUCAGGAAAAGUUAGCAAACAACACUGAAGAUCUAAAAAUGAGAUCUAAUCAAUUAUAAGAGAACAGAAAAUGAGAAAUCUGUGCAAUUUGUACUGAUUUUUAUUUGUCUUUUUCAUAUUCAUUUCAUCCAUCGAUGAAAUUGUAUCUUUAGUGAGCUACAUGUGUAUUGACUGUUGAUUUUAAUAGAAGAAAUUUUUAUUACUGUAUGUUUUUUUUUUUUUUUUGCUCAUUCAUUCAUAUUUUUUGUGGUGGUGAUGAGGGAAAUGCAAGUCAAAGUGGAUUUAGUGACCAUUUAGUCCCAUGAAAUGACUCCUUUUAUUCUUGUGUUUUUAAUGCCUUAGGGCUAGGCUGCACUACAGCGAAUAUGAUUUCAUAUGAUUCACAAAAAGGAGAGGAGAAAGAGACAAAAGAUCAGAAAAUGAAAGGAAGGAGAAGGAAAGAUGUCUGAAAGAGUUGCGUGGGUGGCUUAACACCCCUAUUAUAUUUUCUUUUUAUUUGAUCACAAAACUUGGAUAUUAAACACAAGAAAAAAUAUUUUGCCUUAUUUUGUCCUGAAAUUUACAAAAUAUGGCACGAUAACUGCUUCAAUUUGUGAAAAACCCCUCAUAAUGUGACAAUUUUUAAAUAUAAUGUACAUUUUUCAAAUUUCCACAACCUUCCACAUUAAAGUUAUGUAAGACUAGUUUGUUGGAAUAUAUAUAUUUGUGACAGGAUUGGCUGGAGUUUGUGAUGGUUAAUACUGGUAAAUUCUGGUAAAAACUGCCUCAAUGAUAUUUUAUUGAAAUGGGAAAUCGUUGGAGAUGAAGGUAAAUACUAAUAUAAUAGAUUCUCAAUUUUUUCAGGUAUUUCCCAGGUAUUUUUCAAGCAUAUUCUAGCAUUUUCCGUAUACAACAUCCCUGUACUUCUUAUAAAGUUCUUCUCAGCAUUUCCCACUUGGCUGGGAUACCUAAAUUUCCUGGUAAAUUGCCAAGCCUGAUUUAUAGUGAUGGUAUGUGUCACAGUUGCAGCUACAUGGGGCCAGACGAGUAAUUUCAAAUCACAUUUCAAGAUAUAUCGCAGCAUUUAUUUUUGCUUUACCCUUUGAAAGUAAGCAAUGUGCUCAUAAUAUCCCACCGGAGGCCACGGAAAGUGAUUAUCAUUGCAAAUUAAAGCUUCAUGUUGUAACUGGCCAGUUAGUUUGUAGAUAGGAAUCUGAUGUCUGCAAUCUGCAAGAAAAGUGAAGCACAUAUGCAUAACAUUUUUUUUUUCUUAUUCCUGCAGCAUCAAACGUGGCUUGUGAAAAGAAAUAAGUUGGAUGGUACUCCAUUUUUUCCUCCAUUCUGAAGUCAUAUCAGCAAAUUUGUCCAAAAUUUAUCUUAAUAAUAUUUGAUAUUCAAAUGGCAUGAAUGCGCAUAUGAUAUUUUCCUAAAUUGAAUCAACAUUCCCAAUGCUUUUUAGAUGAGGAUGAUAUGAAUGCGAUUUGGGCAAUAGAAAGGGCAAUUCUGUUUUAUAAGUGAUGAGUACAAGCCCGGAGUACAAGAUGUCUUGAGUGAAUCAAUGUCAUAGCAACGACAUACAUAAGCCAUGUCUAUCUUUCUCUUUAAUUCCCCCGUCCUAUUUUCAGUUACGGCUUCAAUUGUGAAUGUGAAUAUCUUUUGUUUUACAUACAGUAUUAUACACGUUUGCACUUGCAUAUUCUAAGCUAAUUUGAAUGAAUGAUUUUAUAUCUUAUUUGUAUUAUUUUUCUCUUAAAAGAAUGGAUUCCAAUUUGAAUUUAAUUCACAUGUAAUUAGCAUAUUGAGUUGAUAGGUUAUAAAAGUUGACCUGCUCAGAUGCCUUGCAAAUUUAUUUCUAAACAUGAAUAUCAACUUGAAGACCAAUCAUCAGAUAGGGGUGCUAUGUUGCUAUAGACCACGUUAUGAAAGAAAGUGAAACAAGAAUGUGUGCUUAUGUACUUGGUGUGAGUAAAAAAAGGUAACCAAAGUUCAAAGGUCAACUUUAUCAAGACUAUGUGAUUUAUCCUUCUGAUUUUAUUUUUACAUGAUUCAGUAACUCAUCAAGUUUCAUUUGACAUCCUGUUUAUGUCUCAAUUAUCCCGGGUCACAAAGUUCUGGUCCAUUGAAGGCGAAGGGUAAAAAAACCAUAUUUUUCCAAUUUGGGGUUCAAUGUACAUGCAGGAAACCAACUUUGUUGUGAGGUUAAGGAUUCAUCAUCGAUUUUCCCUUCAAAUUUGGAGAAAGCUAUCCCAUCUGUUAUUUUUUUGUGAGUGACUGGCAUUGACAUACAACUGCCUACCUUUAAUCUAUGUUGGACCCGUUAUUCAUCCAACCUUUUUGCACCAGCACAGUUUCCACAGUACUCCCCUGUCGAUGUUGCAUAUCUCGUGUUGCUUAACGAACCAUUGUGGGAUUGUGACGUAGAACAAAAGUGUGCCUGCAAGUCGCCAAGGAUGUGUUCACUUCAAUCAAAUUGCAGCUAGACACCAAUUGUCUACCAUUCACUCACAAAAAAUAAUUUGAACAGUAACAUUUCACUGAAAUUUGCAGGGAAAAACUCCAGAUGCACCCAAAGUCUUACAACAAAGUGGAUUUUGUGCACGUACAUGUACAAUAAAACCCAAAACUUGGAAAAAGUAAGUUUUGUACCUUUCACUUUCAAAGGACCAUAGCUCUGUGACAUGUGACAAUAAUAUUGUGAGGUACGUGUAAGCAAGGUGUCAGAUAUAAAGUUGAUGAGUUACUUAGUCAUGUAAAAAUAAAAUCUUAAGAAUAAAUCAUGUAGUCUUGAUAUUUUUUACCUUUAAACUUGGAUUACCUUUUUUAGAAGCACCCUGUAUAUCCUUUGUACCAACUACCAGGAUGUGGCGUGUUCACUUUCAUCAAAAUAAUAGGAUCCAUUUCAAGUUAAUAAUACAGGAAAUCAUGAUCGACCUGAUAUUUUUUCUUUUCCUGAAAAUCACGAUCAAGUAUAUCUUGAAGUUUUUUUUUUAUUGUUGCAUUGGGACGCUUCUAUUGAUGCUUAGAUCUCAAUUUCCUUGAAUCUCUGGAAAACCUCUUUCAUUGAACAUUGUAACAUAGGUAUUGUACAGUAUGUUGUAUGAUGUAUCAUAUAGAGUUAUAUCUUCAGUUGUCUUCUAAUAUACACAUGCAGCUUUGAAUAAUUUUAUACAACAUGGUCCAGUUUAUCAAUCAGAGAAAGAUUUUUGUUUGAAUAAAUGCAACCCAUGAUUUUAAUUGCUAGCUUUAAAUGUGUCUUUCUACUACAUGUAUGUCAUGCAUUUAUUGAUUUACACCAAUUCAUAGAUUUAUUUGGCAAUGUUAUACUUUAUUAACAUUAAGGCUUGUAUUUAUAUAUUGAUAUUUCAUGAUAUACACUGUACUUCGACAAGAAAAGGAUAUGUUGCACAUUAUUGUGCACAUUUGUUACAUUCUCAUGAUAUUUUCUAUGUAUUGAAUGACAUGAACAUUGGUCAUGAGAAACAUCUACAAGACCUGUUGUGAUAGCUCCAGAUAGAGUUUGCAGACUAGCAUGGAUGUGGAAAUAUAAUAUGACUUGUAACCCAUGCCAACAGCAGUGAGCAGAGAACAAUUAUGAAACAAUUAUACCAGCACUUAAUCUCAGUGGUCUAAUGAGCCCCCCAAAAAAUCAAAAUGUUGACCUUUCAAAAAGGAAAAUAUAUUUUGUGAUAGUUUUGGAAUUUUUGGAAGCAUUUUAUUCUUAAUGAUGGAUUAAUCAAUUAAUUCAUUUAUUCAUUUAUUUAUUUGUUUUUCAUUAUUAUUUUAUUUUUGUGUAUUUACUUCUUUUGUUUUGGGGUGGGGUGUCAAAUGCCCCAAGCGUGAACUGCAAAAUUAAGAUGCCAUAUUGUGUACUGAACCCCAAUAUGGCUUUGCUGUAUAGGCUCACACUAAGGCACAUACAUAUGAAACAAAAUUAAACAACAUAAAGUUUUAGACAACCUGAUUUGAACUGAUCAUGAUUGUUUAAAAUUGAAAAAAAAUUAACAGUGUUCAAUAGUACAAUUAUAGUAUUACAAAAAAUCAACAUAGCCUAUCUUCGAUUGAAAAAUUAAAAGCUUGCUGUACCUGAUCAGUAAAACAGUUUGUAUAAAGUGUUUGUAUUGCAUAGGAGCAGUUUUGCCUGUCAUUCUGGCAUGGUGUCACUUUAAGAUUUGUAUUGGUUCUCAAUCAUCAUGUAAAAAUAAUUUUGAACCACAAACAUAACAUUUUGAUAAUAAAAAAAAAAACACUUCCAAA